GUUGCGGGCGCGUGCGUGCGCGCGCAUGCACGUGUGUGAUCGCGAGUGGGGGCACCGGGGCAAGCAACGAUUUGUGAAAGACGGUGAUGUGGAGUCGUCUUUGCCUACCGUUCUUGCUGGUUUUUGUCCUAGCAGACAGCUGCAACGGUUACUGUUCCAGUUGGCAGUUCGAAUGCGACAACGGAGAUUGCAUCGACAGAGACUAUAUAUGUGACGGAGACGACGAUUGUGAAUAUGGGGCAGACGAAAGUGACUGCACAAUAUGCGGAAACUGCUACACCUAUCAGUACCAGUGUCACAAUGGGCGCUGCAUAGACGAAAGAUACGUGUGUGACGGAGAUGAUGAUUGUUACGAUGGAAGUGACGAAGCUUACUGCAGUGGCUAUUGCUAUAGUUACCAGUCCGAGUGUGAUGAUGGACAGUGUGUGGAGAAGGAGGAUGUUUGUGAUGGAAAUGUCGAUUGCUUUGAUGGGAGUGAUGAAGACAACUGCGGUCUCGUAAUAGGUCUGGCUGUGGGUCUCUCUGUCUUCUUCUUCGUCCUCUUCUGUGUGGUUAUCCCCAUCGCCAUAUGUGUCCUGGUAUACUGCUGUGUGGCUGGCCCUCUCCAACAUACCUUGAAGGGUAGAUCAACUGUGAGAACGGUUGCCUCUCGGCCAGCAAAUACCACCUCAACUACUGUGGUUGCUGCUAAUACAGCGGUCCUUAGCAAUUCGUUGUACAAGACUCCAUUUUAG